AUGAAUUCGCUAGGAAAAAGAAUAGGUAACGAUCCCCUUUUGAUCAGCAAUAAACUCAGAAAAUCAAGGGAAACCUCUUUAAUUUGUAUGGAAUUUGAGGCAAUUAAUGAAAAUUUGAUUGAUUUGAUUUGGUAAAUAAACCUUAAGAUUCACUAUCAGAGGUCAUUAUUAAUGAUUUGGAGUAUCGAACAACUUAAGAGAUACCUAGAAUAUUUAAAUAAUAAAAUAGAAAAUGUCAAACUCUAUUCUAAUUUCAAAAUUAGAUUAAAUAGCUUUGGUACUAAAUUUAAGAGGAAAAGAUAUUAUAUUUAAUCCUCGAUUGAGAACUUAACAUAUUGGCAGAAACCUAUUUAAUUUAGAGAUAAUGAGACCCAGCGACAGAAAAUAGAUAUCGACUUUUAUAAACUUGUUAGGAAUGCAUAAUUGCCUUUAAUGGCAAAACAAACAGCCAAAGAUUGA